AUGGAUUCAUUAUUUACAGGAUACGAUACGACCGAUGGAUUCUCAGUAGAAUCAGAGGAUACUCAGGUUAACAAUGAUCUUUAUGGCACAGGAUAUCAUUCGAAUGAGACCGUUAGCAAGAGGAGAGGACCAUUGAAGAUACGUAAAUUGACUACUAAUGCUAGAAAGAAAGAUAUAUUGCAACAUAUCAGCGUCUCGACACUCCCCAAGGCAUUCCAAAAUGUGUUUCCUUUUAGCGAAUUUAAUAGGAUGCAAUCUGCUGCUUUUCCUUUUCUAUUUGAACAUGACGAGAAUUGCGUUAUCUCAUCCCCCACAGGCUCAGGAAAGACCGUUCUUUUUGAAUUGGCAGUUUUAAAUCUGAUUAAAAAAUGUAAUUUCGAUAUUGGAAAUAGUAAAGUCAUUUAUAUGGCCCCAACGAAAUCAUUAUGCUCAGAGAUGUUCAAAAAUUGGAAAUGUAAAUUUUCUAACUUAUCUGUUGGUAUACUAACUAGUGAUACUUCGUUAAUGGAAACUGAGAAAGUUAAGAAGUCAAAUAUUAUUAUAACUACACCUGAAAAGUGGGAUCUUUUAACUAGGAAAUGGACAGAUUAUAGUAGACUUUUUGAAUUGGUGAGGUUGAUUUUAGUGGAUGAAGUUCAUACCUUACGUGAAAAUCGAGGAGCCACUCUUGAGGUAGUCAUAACAAGAAUGAAUACUAUGUGUAAAGAUAUUAGAAUAAUUGCCGUUAGUGCCACAAUUCCUAAUAUUUCCGAUGUGGCGACUUGGUUAAAAUCUCACAGAAAUGAACAUUACGAAAUGGCGAAAGUUUUAGAAUAUGAUGAUUCAUAUAGACAAGUUUCCUUGAAAAGACAUGUCUGUACGUACAACUUUACUGGAAGUAAUGAUUUCCAAAGAGACGCCAUGUAUAAUUCCAAAUUAGAAGAGCUUAUUCAAUUAUAUUGCCAAAAUAAACCGGUGCUCAUAUUUUGCCCCACAAGAGCGUCUACUAUUUCUACGGCCAAAUAUCUGGUGAGAAACCGCCGAAGGGUACCAUUAUCUGGACAAAAGCAAUUAGCUGAUCGAGUACUUUUUGAGUGUUUUCAGCAUGGUAUUGCUUUCCAUAAUGCUGGUUUAUCAAUGGAGGAUAGAACUGCCGUUGAGACUGCAUUUAUUGAAGGAACUAUCAAUAUCCUAUGUUCCACCUCAACCUUGGCGGUAGGUAUUAAUCUUCCCGCAUAUUUGGUUAUUAUUAAAGGGACACGAAUUUGGAAUUCUACUGAUGUAGAUGAAUAUACGUCAUUAGACAUACUUCAAAUGAUUGGUAGAGCUGGUAGACCACAAUUUGAGAAAGAAGGAUGUGCAGUUAUUAUGACAGAACCCAAAAUGAAAAAUAUGUAUGAAAGGUUGAUUUAUGGAACUGAUAAUUUAGAAAGUACCCUUCAUCUGAAUUUAUGUGAGCAUCUUACGGCAGAAAUAUCACUAAACACUGUAACUGAUGUAGAUUCGGCAAUUACGUGGCUAAAAAACACUUUCUUUUAUGUUAGACUUCUUAAAUCUCCGGCCAAUUACCAUGAAAUAUCUAAACGUUUAAAAGGUUGUGGAUCAAUGGAAGAUCGCCUAUAUGAAUUUUGCCAGAUGUUGUUUGAAGAACUCUCGAGAAACCAACUCAUAUCUGAGAAUGAUAAGUCUUUCAGCUGCACUCCGUAUGGGAAUGCUAUGGCAAGGCAUUAUAUUUUGUUCGAAACCAUUAAGCGAUAUAUUAAUGCCAAGAAUUAUUUAUCGUUACAAGAAAUCCUAACCUUGUUAUCGAAUUCAAACGAAUUUUCAGAAAUCAAGAUGAGACAUAACGAGAAGCGGUUAUUUAAAGAAAUUAAUAUGUGUCCACUUCUAAGAUUUCCUUUCGUAACCGAGAAGAAGCAAAGUCAAAUUUUGGACAAGACCUCUCAGAAGGUGUCUUUGAUAAUACAAUAUGAAUUGGGUGGAUUAGAGUUUCCAUCCUACGAAGGAGCUCAUAAACUUCAUCAGAUGCUUGUUCAGGAUAAGAUGAGAGUUUUUCGACACUGUUUUAGACUACUUAAGAGUAUGAUUGACGUAUUUAUUGAGAAAAGGGAUGGAAUGUCUUUGAAAAAUACCUUAUUCCUUUUGAGGUCAAUUAAUGGCAAUUGUUGGGAGAACACCCCCAUGGUACUCCGACAGUUAAAAAAUAUAGGUUUGGUUUCUGUGAGGAAGCUAGUGCGCCAUAAUGUUAAUUCCCUUGCCGAUAUGGCUGAACUUUCUGAAAAUCAGAUUGAAUACUACUUAGGAUUGAAAAUUGGGAGCGGUCUGAAGAUUAAAAGUGACCUAUCCUUGAUACCAACUUUAAAGUUUAGGAGUAAACUGGAAAAAUAUGAAGUACAUGGGAGGGCAAUUGAUGUUUAUUUCAAAGUGGAAGUGAGUGCAAGCUCUAGAACGUCGGUAUGGCAUGGUCAUAACUUAUCAGUGGAUAUCGAGGCUUCAAAAGUUUCAGGCGAGUUGAUAGACUUUAGAAGGAUAAAUUUGAGUAACUUGAAAACGCCAAGAAGUUUUAGGUUAAAUGCAAAGAUUGAAUCCAGAUUAGAUGAUAUCGAAUUUUCAAUAGGUUGCCAGGAAAUUGCAGGAGUAGGAAGAACGGCCACCUUUUCAACAAAUGACCUACCAAAAGAAGCACUGGAGAAACUGACCGAAGACUCGAAUAAAAACCAAAAACGAUUAUUCAUGUUAGAUUCGAUUGAAGAUAUUGAUUUGGAAAACAAAGGGAUGUCUUCUUCAUCAGAUGAUAGCUUAUUCCAAUAUCUUGCAAAUAGGGACCCACCUCCCAAUAGAGUAGAGCAGGAUAAAAACUCACACCUGUAUUCCCGAACAAUUCGAACGAAUGGGAAUUUUGAAUGCUAUCAUACAUGCAAAGAUAAAAAUAAAUGCCGUCAUUUAUGCUGCAAAGAGGGAAUACCAAAAGAAUGCCUGAAACACAAAGAAAGGAGAGUUGAAUCAGGACCUAUUAAUACUAAUUUUACCCCAAAUGAUAGGAUGCUCGACACCAAUUUUGCUCCAGCUUUGAACUUGAAUGAAGUUGAUGAUUUGUCGUCAUUAGAAGAAUUUUCAAUUUCAAGGACAAGCUCACAACUUCCUGAUGAAAUUCAAGAGCUUUCCUCGCAGCCAGAGAAUACAUAUACUUAUUUGCAAGAUAAUAGUUCUAAGAGAGUAGAUAGCAAAGAACCAAUACUCCGAACCUCACCUGAGUAUGAACGACAGUUUUCUGAAGCAGUUAUUGUACCAAUUGAUAUCAACGAAUCGAGCUCUACUGAACCGACAUCCUCGGGUAGUGCAGAUGGUGCGGAACUGGAUUUUCUAGGUUCUGACGUUUCUCUUGGCUAA